CCAAAAACAACUGACUCAUUUUUAUUACUUGCUAGAAAAAUUGAAGGUACAUUAUCAUUUACCAGUACAAACAAUGACGUGCACCAGGAUGAGAUUACCAUCAAUGUUACUACAGCUCAAAAAUCGUUAGAACGAACAACUACUUCACAAAAAUCAAGUAACAAUAUUCGACGAAAUAUACCUUCACACGCACAAUCACUGUCACGUCCAAAUUAUCCACGUACUACACAAACUUCGUUUAAGCAAAAUCAACGUUAUGAACCUUCAAGAUAUUCACAAUAUGCAGAACGAUCAAAUUGCUGUUAUAAGUGUGGUACUCCUGGACAUUAUGCUCGGGAUUGUACCCGUACCCAUUUCGGGUAA